UGUGUGAUUUGACAUCCAGGCGGGUGACAAACAAUUAGACCCCCCCUCCCCCAUCAGUAGUGCUGCGAGUCGAGCUCUCCACCCGGGAUCAGGCCACAAAUGAGCCGCGCACCACGGCUCACGUCUCCUAAACGGAGCGCGAGUGUGUGCGUCUGUGGAGGCGGGGUGUUAUGUAUACGUGUCGUACACAGCGAGGAGCCGGCUUCGCUGUGUAGGUGUGUGUGGGUUGUGUGACAUUUAGCAGAUUGGUGUUAUUAUCUGUGUCUGCCCUUAAUAUAUCUUGAACACCUCUUGAAGAAAUAUGUUUUUGUGCCUUUUCCGCCGCCGUGUCGUCACGCGCCGCGCGUGCACGCGGUUCUGCAUACGGCCCGCGCGCACGCGGCGGUUAUUGCCGCCGCGUGUAUGUUUGACAUUUGGUAAUUGCAUCAUUAGUCGCUCAGUCGUCUUCCGCGAGGAGCGGGUGCAUUGCAAUUUGUAACACAUGCUACGAGCAGACAGACACUUGCCCUUGAUUAUGGACCUGGGUGGAAUGGCUGCCUCAUCAGGCUGUCUUGAUUCACCCCAGCAUGUGGGGAGACACAUGCUGCUGUGGGUGAAUCUAAUUGAUUGGAUGGCACCCAAUUCCCAGGUCCAAGUCUCCUCAGGCAGCCAGGGAGUGAAUCCGUCCAAAUGAAGGAUGAGCUUGGGCGUUGGUCGCCCCUCUAAUAGAUUGGCACCGUCUUCCUCCCAUAUGCCUCUGGUCUCGCCCUCAGACAUCUCCGGGUGCGAAUUGGUCACACUGCAUGCCGCCGCCGGGAUCUUCAUUGAUUAGAAGUGUUGGAAUUGGCCGAACCAGGCCCCGUGUUCGUGUCUCCACCAACAAAACACCUCCGCUGAUCCGCCGCGUCGCUCGAGCGUGCGACCCAAAAAAAUUGUUGUGGCUUGUUAAGUUUUACAAGCAAAACGUCUCCUCCCGCCAGGUCAAGCUCCCCCUCUCUCUCCAGUGCCAUUUCAAAGCUUAUUGGAUGAAAGUCUCAUUUGCCCUUGGCUGCCAAAGAUGACGUUGCCAUGGAAACAGCUUCUACUGUUAUCAGUCAUCGACUGUCUGACAGACUGUCUGGACAGCGGGUCCUACCACGGUCCGCGAUGGAGAAUGGAGCCGGGCGACUUGUUCAUUCCUGUUGACUCCAUAGAAGAAGAGGCCACGCUGACCUGUGACUCUAAGGGAUCGCCGCCGCCUCAGUACAGAUGGUCAUUGAAUGGGACUCUCAUAAAUCUGGGCUUGGAUCACCGGCGGCGUCUGUCCGGGGGCAACCUCAUUAUAAGCAAUCUGGACCGCUACCAGGACGCGGGGAUGUAUCAGUGUAUGGCCUACAACACUGUAGGAGCCAUCCUCAGCAGGAGGGCCAGUCUGCAGUUUGCCUACUUGGAUCAUUUCAAAGUCCACUCCAGAAGUGCGGUGUCGGUCCGAGAGGGACAAGGCGUGGUGUUGCUCUGCGGAACACCCACUUCCUCAGGAGACCUCACGUACGCAUGGGUCUUCAACGAGUACCCGUACUUUGUCCAGCAAGACAAUCGGCGCUUCGUGUCCCAGCAGACAGGAAGCCUGUACAUCGCCAAGGUGGAGCCCUCCGACGUGGGGAACUACACCUGCGUGGUGACGAACAGCGUCACGAAGGGCAAAGUCCACAGCUCUCCCACGUCUCUGAUCCUCCGGACGGACGGAGUGAUGGGUGAAUACGAGCCGAAAAUAGAAGUUAAUUUCCCUGACAAUGUACCUGCCGCCAAAGGAUCAACAGUCACGCUGGAGUGUUUCGCCCUUGGGAACCCCGUCCCAGAGAUCACCUGGAAGAGGGCGAACGGCGUGCCGUUCCCCAGCAAGGUCAAGAUGAAGUACUCCAACGCCGUGCUGGAGAUCCCCAGCUUCCAGCAGGACGACACGGGGGGAUACGAGUGCGUGGCCGAGAAUAAGAUGGGCAUGAACACAGCCACCGGCCGACUGGCCUUCUACGCCAAACCUCAGUGGAUUCAGACCAUGAAGGACACGGCCCUGGCCAUAGAGGAGAGACUGCACUGGGAGUGCCGAGCCAAUGGCAGGCCCAAGCCCUCCUACACGUGGCUGAAGAACGGCCAGCAGCUCCUCUCGCAGGACCGCACCCACGUAGAGGAUGGAGUCCUGUCCGUGUCGGCGCUGACGCUGUCCGACGCCGGCAUGUACCAGUGUGUGGCCGAGAACAAACACGGCGUCAUAUACUUUGCGGCAGAACUAAUGGUUUUAGCCUCUCCGCCAGACUUCACAGGGAACGUCCUCAGAGCUUUGCUCAAAGCCAAGGCCGGAACCACGGUGACUUUAGAGUGUAAACCCCAGGCCUAUCCGAUUGCCAGCAUUUUAUGGAAGAAAGGGAACCUGCCCAUCCACACCAACGACAGGAUCACGCUGUCUCCGGAUGGAACGCUGAGGCUCGCCAACGUGAGCAAGUCGGACGCGGGCGGCUACACGUGCUUCGCCAGGAAUAGAUUUGGCAUGUCGAGUACGACGGGACGGCUGCUCGUUACCGAUCCCACCAGGAUCGUCCAGGGGCCGGUGGACAUGGAGAUCAUCGUGGGCGAGAGCAUCGUGCUGCCGUGCCAGGUGGCCAGCGACCCGGUCCUGGACGUGUCCUUCUCCUGGGCCUUCAACGGACAGCUCAUUUCUAAAGGGGACGGCCAUUUUGAGCUGGUGGGAGGGAGAACAGCAGGCGACCUGAUGAUCAGGAACAUUCAGCUUUACCACGCUGGGAAAUACAUCUGCGUGGUGGACACGGACGUGGAGAGUCUGUCAGCCGUGGCCGUGUUGAUUGUGAAAGGACCCCCCAGCCCGCCCGAGUCUGUGGCCGUGGAGGAGGUGACCGACAGCACGGCCCAGCUGACCUGGAGCCCCGGCAGAGGCAACGGCAGCCCCAUCAGCAGCUACGUCAUCCAGACCAGGACUCCCUUCACCGUGGGCUGGCAGAGGGUUAACACAGUCCCUGAAGUGGUGGAUGGGAACACGCUGACCGCCACCGUGGUGGACCUGAACGCAUGGGUGGAGUAUGAGUUCCGGGUCUUGGCCAGAAACAGCGUUGGCGUGGGAGAACCCAGCCCGGUGUCGGUCAAGACCAGGACGGAGGACGCAGUUCCCGAUGCAGCGCCAGGUGACGUGGGCGGAGGAGGAGGAAGUAGAUCUGAGCUGGUCAUCACAUGGGAGCCCGUCCCCGAGGAACUGCAGAACGGUGAGAGCUUCGGCUACAUCAUCGCCUUCCGCGCCUUCGGCGACGCCGCCUGGACCCACGUGGCCACGUCGGCGCCCGGCGCCGCGCGCUACGUGUACCGCAACGACAGCAUCGCGCCCUUCUCGCCGUUCCACGUCAAGGUCGGCACGUACAACAGCAAAGGGCAGGGUCCCUUCAGCCCCGUGGUCACCAUCUACUCCGCAGAGAUAGAGCCAAGUGGGAUGCCAGCGGGGGUUUGGGCCAGAAGUGUCUCUGCCUCGGAGAUUGAGGUGAAUUGGCAGGCGCUCUCCUUCACCCCUGAAAGGGUUCUGGGCUACGAGGUGGUCUACUGGGAGGACGACACCAAGCCGGAGACCAUGGGGAAGGUCCGCGUGCCCUGGAACCAGACGGCGGCCACGGUCAGCGCGCUGGCGGGCAACACGCAGUAUUUCCUCACGGUCAGCGCCUUCAACACGGCGGGCACCGGGCCCUUCCUGCCCGCCAUCAACGUCACCACCAAGAAGCCCCCGCCGUCCCAGCCGCCCCUCAGCAUCGAGUGGACGCUGGUCGGCUCUCAGCUGUCUCUGUGCUGGGAGCCCGUCCUGGCCACGGAGUCGGAGUCGGAGGUCACAGGUUACCAGCUGUCGUACCGGAGGCAGAGGCACCGGGAGGAGAACACGCUGACGACGGCCAACGCCACGGCGGAGCUGACGCUCCCGGAGGACGAGGACGACUACGUCAUCCGCGUGCGGGCGCUGAGCGACGGAGGCCUGGGCCCGGCCUCCGACCCCGUGCGAAUCCACCAGCUAAGUAUGAGCGCCCGAGGCUCCCGGGCCUGGAGCGCGGCGACCCCCCGCCUCUUCCUGCUCCUCGCCGUCGCAAUAGCAACGUUCAGGUCGACGUCGUGACACAGUGACAGACUCUAAUCUGUUUCCAGCGCUCAGUAUUGGGUUUUUUUUGUUGUUUUUUUUUCCUCCCUUGCAUUUCUUUCUUCUCUCGCUCUCUCUGAGGCCCGUACGACUUGGCGGCGUUGGUCUGCGGGUACGAAGCUGCACAGCGGUGGCGUGUGACACUUAAUUAAAAAAAAACACUGUAGAUGCUUUCGCUUUUCUUUUCCACGAGGGUCUGUUUUGAAACUCUUACAGAUUGGGAACAAUGCUCCAUUUCAACUCCUUUCUUUGACUCCAGAAUGAUACAGAUGCCUUACUUCCAUUCAUGUGCCAAAGUAGUUUCCGCCUUCUUGUUGUUAUUGCUUGGAUAGCGACUUCUCUCUCACGGUUUCAUGUUGCUGAAUGUGUUUUGCGGAGGACUGUGGCAGGUAGUUUGUUUUUUCUUCUCAUUUCUUGGUUUACACGUUCAUUCAUCCAUGCCUGUGCCUUCGGAGACUCGUGUCACUUCGACAUUCAUCAGCGAUUCUUAGGGUUCGAGAGCUGCAGCCAUCCCCGUCUUUACAUUAGCCAUUAAAAGCCGGUUGUGUCCCAGAUGAAACUCAUAAAACAGCCUCGGGUGCCAGUGUUGGCCAUUUACCUUUUAACAUUUCAUUGCGAGGCCCUGAAUGCACCACGAUGGCUCCUAAAGGCUUUAAAGGCUCCCACCAGUUAUUGUGAUCGCUCGCUGAUUGAUGGAUGGGACUUAAGUCUGCAUUUACAGAGAUUACAUUCGCCCGUAUGUGAGGCAGCAGUGGGAGGUUCAGCCGGUGAAACAUUAAUGCAGGAACAAUCAGUCAGUCCACACAAAACAAUUAACAGCAGUCGAUUAAAUCGUUUAUCACUGAUUCCGGCCCCUCGGAGACGAGCACGCGCCACUUGUAGCUUUUUAAAUGUACAGUGAGGUAGAGGCUGCACCGGGUGGACGUGGACGUUGCAGUUCAUUCAUUUGCCUCCGUGGAAGUGGAAAAACGCUGCGUUGUUCAAUGGCCAAAUGCCAACAAGACCAUAAAACACACCAGUCCUUCAGCUGUUCAGGAAACAGGAGGUUUGUGCAAUACUAGUCACAAACUAUUCUAUAUGAAGUCUAUGAAUGUAGGCGGAGGCAGGUGAGAGCGCACCUUGCUUCAGUCGGAAACAAAGAAAGUCCAUUUUAAACUCGAGCAGUAAACUUCACAAACAAAAACCAAAGAGUUGGCAGAAAACGGCCCCAAACGCGCAACGGCAGUCGCUGCAGAACACAAUCAGUUAAAACCAACAAACACGAGCUGCGUGGCUCCAUCAGCGCAGAUUAUCAUCUCGUACCCGACGUCCGCAGACAUCAGAAUAUUAAAAAGGAACAUUACGUUCUCACAAAGUGUACAAACGCUAAAUCUCUAAUCCACAUGGAGCUCCUGUCACAGUUGUUCUUUUGGACCCGGAGGCUCCGUGGCAAACGCACAGACGCGACGGUGGGAGAGUGCUCCGGUCCACGGUCCGUCCGGUUCUGAUCCCAGGUUCUACACGCAGAAACCAGAGGGAGAUCGUCUGGAGGUGGAGUUGAAGCGCGCGUUGUUCAUUAGGACUCUGACGUCACUGCAUUAAUGCUGAGUCAGCGCUCAUGUUCUUCUGGGUUUAGUUCAGACACUGAGUCAAACAUGUUUUCUGACCUUCUAAGAGCGGUUCACCAACGAUGAAAACAAUCAUUACCCGCCGACGCGCCCUCCUGAUCUGGGUUUUGCCCUUCGUUUUGUCUCGUCAUCGUUUUUGCUUCAUCCAGCGCCACAUCAUCCCACUUCUCAGGUAUUCUCACCUGCUUCGCCCACCGCUACGACGGCAGGGGCCGAUAGAUCAGCGGCCUGUCAGCGCGCCACACAAAAGUCUAUUUAACCGUCCCACUUGACAAAUGGAAAGUCUGAUAUGUGCCACAAUUUAGCAGACAGUAAGACUUCAUGAUGAAUUAGAGCAGGCCUGAGGGGCUUGAAUGGGAAAGGGCACAGGAGUAAUGGCACUAAUGACAUCCACACGAGACUAAUGCGUCAGGAUUUUAAAGGGGGGGGGUCUAAAUCAAGACAAUCCCAUCAAGAUGACACAGUGUGUGUGUGUGUGUGCGUGCGUGUGCGUGCGCGUGCGUGUGCACCUGGUUAUUACCCUACGGUGUCACAGAUGAGCGUUCUCAAGAACACCUUCAGCUACUAAAAAAUAAUUAAAGCUCGUACUUCGCCACGGUUCAGGGUUUCUGGCGACUAAAUCAUGGCGCGAGCCCAGUAUGAGAACAAAAGUAACGUUGAGGAGCUGAAAUGUCCGUGCUCUUUUUUUUUUUUUUUAUUCCUUAUCAAACUCCGGUGAAUUGCUGGUGCGAAAGAACUAAUGGGGGGAAGAGCGGGUCCGAUGGUCGCGUUCGCACUGACACAAGGUUUCCUCCUCCUGCUUAACUUCCUUCCAACCGUCGUUGACUCCUGUUCUGUUGUGUCUGUGGCUUUACACGUGUUUGACCUGUGCGCAUCCCUCCAUCGCAGAGCCUCAUUGUUGAGCCGACAAAUGUUUACACGGGAGAUGCAUCUUUAUGGAUGGUUUAUUGAUUAUACGAGCUGAAAACAUUACUGUUUAUGAACUUGUGUCUUGAGUGCAUAGAAGCAUUGUCCAUCUUUACUUUAUUUUUUGUAACGUAUCAGUACUGUGGAGAUGUUUAUUGAUUUUAAAUGAGAUUUUCUCUCUCUCUCUCUUUGUUUUUAAAGUUUGCUCUGGUUCCUGAAUGUUUCUUUUUUUUAAUUUUCUUUCAAAAAGAAUCUGCACAAAGGUCAAGUGUUGCUUUAAAAUAACAAUUAAGAGCCAGUGUUGCUUUGAGACCCCCCCACCUCCCCCGCUUUCUUCAUACAGUAUAUUGUACACACUGCGUGUAUUCUGUUGUGAUUUCGAGCAACGCCUCCAACCAGGAGAACAAAUUGUAGUGUCCUACUUCCAAUUGCAAUUCUCACUCGCCCGAAUAUGAAAAAUACAUGAGCAGAGAGUAACAUUUUCUAGCAGCUGCUAUCACACACAGCCUUUUGGUGCAGUGACACAAACGCUACCUGUUACAAGGUAGUCAGCCGGUGCACGUAGGAGCAUUCUCUGCUGGUACUUUUUGACUUUUUAUACCAAUGCGACUUUGCAGUUUUCUUGCUACUUCGAAGACGUAAUCCCAAAACAAUCGACACGUUACCCAGAAAUUCGCAAUUAGACAACGACAACCAGAUCUCCGGGUGACACAACGCUUGGCCUUUCUGUCGUGACUCCUCGGUAUUUUUGAUGUCCAGGUGAUCUCCGUGAGAUCGUGGCGGCAACGUUUUCACAUUGAAAAGUCAUCAGCUGAUCUUGAUACGCUGAAGCUGUGCAUGUAUGAUAUCGUUUGGUGCAUUCGUGUUUUCUAAAUGAGGGAGUUAAUAAAAACAAGUCACUGGG